UUGCAUUGUUAUAUUUGUGACGUGAAAAGUGAAUUAAGAUACUAUAAUUAAAGGUUAUAAUGGCCGAUGAUACGAACGAAGACAGCUGGCUGUAUGGCACGUCCAAUCCCGAUUCCACGACGAAUGAAGAGAAUGUGGAUGCUAAUGUCGGUAUAGAUAAUGGGAGACCGCUGUUGUCUCAGAAAUCUGAAAAUGAAGCGACCGCAUUGGGUGGAAGUGGUGAUGUGUUGGCACCAAAACAGGUCGAAGCGCAUGAUGAGGAAGAACCAUUCGGUGAGUUUGAAGAUCCGGCCCAGGAGAUGGAAGAGGACGAGGAAGCUGCGGCUGCUGCCGCCAGCACCGCUGCCGAUACUACUGACGCCGGCGAAGAUACAGGCGAAAAUGCUCAACAACAGUCAAAAACUUCGGAAGAUGGUGAGGCGAACUCGGACGAUGAAGACGACUCUGAUGAUGAUAUCAAUGUUGUUAUUGGCGAUAUAAAGGCAGGACCCAGCACAUAUAAUAUUAAACAACGUUCUAACUUAUUGACUGGACCUCCUGGUUCAGGUCAAGAGAAAACCAAGUCUGGUGCACCGGGCGGGAAAUUUAGUGUUGAAGAUUUUGAAGGUGUUGGUACUAUAAACGGUGUGCCAGCACACGAAUUUAGUAUCGAUUCCUUGGAAGAUAAGCCUUGGCGAAAACCAGGUGCAGAUAUUACUGAUUAUUUUAAUUACGGGUUCAAUGAAGAGACAUGGCGCUCUUAUUGCGAGCGUCAAAAACGAUAUCGUAUACAGGAGAGCGGCAUUGGGUUGGCAAGUUUGACACAAAAUCUUAAUCAAUCAGGCGAACGACAACAUGAGGGUACUGGAGGUGGAGGCCAAAUAACCACAAUAAUGCCCGGCCUAUUAUCAAAUGAUCAGAUGCAAAUGCCACCUCCGGGCAUUUUACCACCCCCUCAGGGUAUGCACCAUGGUCCGCCACGUAUGGGCAUGGGUAUGCCCCGUGGACCUCGACCGAUCAGUACUACCAGCAGCAAGGAGAAUCCUAUCCAAGUAAUGACCGCCGAAUGCCGUGAAUAUUCGAGACCAGGUACGAUAGCCCAAAUGCCGCCGAACUUUGGUGCACCACAACCCCCGGAAGAGCCAUACUUUCCAGAACCUGAAACAUUUGAUUACGGCUACGAACCAACACAAGAGUCGCAAUGGAAUAAUGAAAAUCCGGGAUGGCAUCCAUCAUCGGGCAUAAAAGAACUAACACCCGGACCAGCAAUGGUUCCACCGCCAGCAGCUGGUAUGUCAGGUCCCCCUGGUGUACCCCCGAUGGGUGUGCCUCCUCCUCAAAUCGGAGGGCCCCCACCGCAAAUGCGUCAGCAUCCUCCCAUAAUGCCUGGAAUGCCUCCACCAAAUAUGGGUAUGGGCCCGCCGCCGCCUGGCAUGGGUAUGAUGAUGGGCCCCGGCGGAGGACCACCAAUGAGAAUGCCUAUGGGACCUCCCCGCAUGAUGGGACCACAUGGAGGUGGACCACCAAAUCCAGGACAUAUGGAUCGCGAGCGUCAUGAUCGUGACCGUGAAAGAGAGCGCGACUAUGAACGGAAUGAUCGGCGUGAGCGUGAUAGAGAUCGGGAGCGAGAUCGCGACCGAGAGCGAGAGACAGAGCGCGAGCGGGAACGGGAAAGAGAAAGAGAACGAGAAAGACCCCGCCGUGAACGUUCACGUAGUCGAGAUAAGUCUAGACGGCGCUCAAAAUCACGUGAGAAAGAACGUGAUCGUGAGCGUGAAAGAGAACGUGAUCGCGACCGAGAUGGCGAGCGAGAACGAGAGCGUGACAGAAGUGAAAAACUUGACCCGGAUCCUGAACGUGCAGUAGAUGAGGAUCGCGAACGAAGAAGACGUGAACGUGAUCGGGAACGCGAGCGCGAAAGAUCUCGGCGAGAACGUUCGCGUAGUCGUGAGAAGACACGCCGCCGUUCAAAAUCUCGUGAAAAAGACCGAGAGCGCAGUAGCAAAACUGUCGGUACAUCCUCUUCGACGAGUCGCAGCGAAAAGAAAAAAUCUCAUCGCAAAGAUAAGGAAGAAGAGGAGUGAGCACAAGUAAAUCUUAUACUUAAUGAAGUCUUAGCGAUUAGCAAAAUAAAUUGAAAUUAAAAGUCACUAUGCCACUUUCAGAAUGUAGUGGUGGCAAAUAAAUUAAAAAUGCUUUUAGAUUUACAGCGAAAUUCAUAAAAAAUAAAGAAUAAUUUAACUGCUUUAUAAAUCGAAAAUUUAUAUGCAAAUGUCACUUAAUAGAGCUCUUUAAAUCUAUUAUAUGUUUUAUUAAUAAGGCCAUUGUACAGUUUAAUUAAAUUUUUUCCAAUAAUGUUUAAAGACAGGUCAAAGGACAUCCAUUUAGAGACACUAGAUAAUAUAUUUAAAAAUAAAGUAUAAAUACACAUACAAGUACGCUAAUCAGUAUUAGAUCGGAUUUCUAUUAAGCCAAUUCAUCUCCGGUUUCCACUCAUAAUAGCUAAAGCGCUUAAUACCGUUUAAAAUACGCGUGCAAAUGAAUUGCGAUGCAAGUAAUGCUUUCAUUCCUGUGGAACUGGUAGUUCCAAUUCGGCCUCAGUACGUUUUUUUUGUUCCAUUUUUUCUUCAAUAGCUUCAAGCCUCUUGUUCAUAACGCCAAGGGACUCCAAGAGACCAGUUUGUAUUUCUCCAUAACGCUUCAUGGCCAAUAUCAGACUUUCCUCUAUCAAUUCAGCUUGCUGGGCAAACUCUGCAUUAUCCUGUGAAUGUUGUUUUAGUUUUUCGGUGCAUUCGCCUGGUAUACUGCGGAAAUAUUCGGCGCCUAAUGUGGGUUCCAGCUGUUUAACUCGGUCCAAUUGGUCAAACUGCGCAUGCAAAUCGGGAGCUACUGCAUUUAAAUAUACCUCUUUGGAACGCACCUGCUGGUUUUCUUCCAAGAAAUUUGGAUCAAGAUAUUUUUCAAGUUCCGGAGCUCCUUGCCAUUGCUUUUGCAAUUUGUUCGCGAUUUCCAAUUACCCCGUUCAACAUGCUGUUAACUGAAAGCAACGAAUCGACCACUGCUUCCGGAGCGACACCCGUGGGUUUGCUUGGCUCUGAGGAACCACUAGCAUUGUUGCAUUUCCACCCUCAGGUAGCGGCCCCAAAAUACGAGAUAAUGUAUCAAUGCGUUUUUCAAGAAUGUCUAAUGCUUCCAUUUUUACUUAGUUAAAUUGCAAUCUAUGAUAUAAAAAAAA